GUCACUUUUGGAGCACAAGCCGGCUGAGAGGGGUUGAACACCCGCAGUCAGCACUCUGUCCGUUUCUGUCUGUCGUCUUUUUUAACGAUACAUGUUAAUUUUUUAAAAAUAGAACAAGCAAUUAGUCCAUUGACACGACUCGGACACUCUGAUAUUAAAGCUUGCUGAUGGCUACCUACCAGGAGUUCAUCCAACAGAAUGAGGACAGGGACGGGGUGAGAUUCAGCUGGAACCUCUGGCCCUCCAGCCGACUGGAAGCAACUAGGCUUGUGGUGCCGGUUUCUUGUCUCUUCACACCCCUUAAGGAGAGACCUGACCUGCCUCCAGUCCAGUAUGAGCCCGUCAUGUGCAGCCGGGCCAACUGCAAGGCGGUGCUCAAUCCACUGUGCCAAGUAGACUUCCGAGCAAAGAUUUGGGCAUGCAACUUCUGCUUCCAGAGAAACCCAUUCCCCCCUUCUUAUGCAGGAAUAUCAGAAGUGAACCAGCCAGCUGAACUCAUGCCCCAGUUUUCCACCAUUGAGUACAUAGUACAGCGAGGACCCCCAGCUCCCCUGAUCUUCCUCUAUGUGGUGGACACAUGUUUGGAAGAAGAGGACCUCCAAGCUUUGAAGGAGUCCCUUCAGAUGUCCCUGAGUCUUCUGCCUCCAAAUGCCUUAGUGGGCCUCAUCACAUUUGGACGGAUGGUGCAGGUUCACGAGCUCAGCUGUGAGCUGAUCUCCAAGAGCUACGUCUUCAGGGGCACCAAGGAUCUCACCUCUAAACAGAUCCAGGAGAUGUUGGGUUUAACCAAGCCGGCAGCAUCAGGACAACCAGGACGCCCUCCUGCACCUCAAGAUGCUGCAACCUCUUGCAGGUUCCUUCAGCCUGUGCACAAAGUUGAUAUGAACUUGACUGAUUUACUGGGGGAGCUUCAGCGAGACCCCUGGCCAGUUCCUCAGGGUAAACGGCCACUCCGUUCUACUGGUGUUGCUCUGACUGUUGCUGUUGGGCUGCUAGAGGGCACAUUCCCCAACACAGGUGCUCGCGUGAUGAUGUUCAUCGGAGGGCCUCCCACCCAGGGUCCCGGCAUGGUGGUGGGAGAUGAGCUGAAAACCCCCAUCCGCUCCUGGCAUGACAUCCAGAAGGAUAACGCUCGCCACUUGAAAAAGGCUACUAAGUACUAUGAAGCCCUGGCCAAUCGCUCAGCAGUAAAUGGCCACAGUAUUGAUAUAUACGCCUGUGCUUUGGACCAGACUGGACUGCUGGAGAUGAAGUGUUUAUCUAAUCUCACUGGGGGCCACAUAGUGAUGGGGGACUCUUUCAACACCUCGUUGUUCAAGCAAACCUUUCAGAGAGUUUUCAAUAAAGACUACAAUGGAGACUUCCGCAUGGCCUUUGGAGGCGUCCUGGAGGUUAAGACUUCGAGAGAGCUGAAGGUUUGUGGGACCAUUGGACCUUGUGUUUCACUUAACUCCAAGGGCUCCUGUGUGUCAGAGAAUGAGAUGGGCGUUGGUGGCACAAGCCAGUGGAAAGUAUGCAGUCUCAACCCUUCCACCACGUUGGGCAUUUACUUUGAAGUCGUGAAUCAGCACAAUGCACCAGUCCCACAGGGUGGCCGAGGUGCAAUCCAGUUUGUAACCCAGUACCAGCACUCCAACACCCAGAGAAGGAUACGGGUGACGACCAUUGCCAGGAACUGGGCAGAUGCACAGUCGCAAAUUCAGCACAUCGAGUCUUCCUUUGAUCAGGAAGCAGCCGCUGUGCUCAUGGCUCGUCUGGGAGUGUUCCGAGCCGAGUCGGAGGAGGGGCCCGAUGUCCUGCGUUGGCUUGACAGGCAGCUUAUUCGCCUGUGCCAGAAGUUUGGUCAAUUCAAUAAAGAUGAUCCUACAUCCUUCAAACUGUCAGAGUCCCUGUCACUUUACCCUCAGUUUAUGUUCCACCUGCGGCGGUCGCCCUUCCUGCAAGUGUUUAACAACAGCCCGGAUGAGUCGUCCUAUUACAGGCACCACUUUGUCAGGCAGGACCUGACACAAUCGCUCAUCAUGAUCCAGCCCAUCCUCUACUCGUACUCCUUUUAUGGGCCACCAGAGCCUGUGCUCCUGGACAGUAGCAGCAUCCUGCCAGAUCGAAUCUUGUUGAUGGACACAUUCUUCCAACUUGUUAUCUACCAUGGAGAGACCAUCGCUCAGUGGCGAAAGGCCGGCUACCAAGAAAUGGCUGAAUAUGAGAACUUUAAACAGCUUCUGCAGGCUCCACUAGAUGACGCGCAGGAGAUUCUGCAAACACGCUUCCCCAUGCCACGCUACGUUGAUACGGAGCACGGAGGCUCGCAGGCUCGCUUCCUGCUCUCAAAGGUCAACCCUUCCCAGACCCACAACAACCUCUACGCAUGGGGACAGGAAACGGGAGCGCCGAUCCUCACUGAUGACGUCAGCCUGCAGGUCUUCAUGGACCACUUGAAGAAGCUGGCUGUGUCCAGCUCCGCAUAGACAUCGCUACAUCCCAUCUCACCGUGAGAAAACACAAGGAAUUAAGAUAAGACAUUCCAGUUUGGCUUUUAACAUCCAGAAACGUUUGUGUUCCCAUCCCCCUAACGCCCCCUUAAAAGUAACCAGUGUCUACACUAAUAGUGUUAUUAUUGCCCACUUUGUCUGACCUUUAUCAUGUGCAACAGGACUAUGGUUUCAUCCAGGUUCUCUGCUAAUCUACAUCAAAAUUCCUAUUUUAUAUUUGAUAUGACCUUUUGACAUGACAUUUGUUUGUUUGUUUUUUGUUUGUCCGAAAAGUGUAUCUACUACAGCACAUUAUGUUGAAAUUGCCGUUUAAUAAAAUGCAUAUAAAUGUGUGCUUUGAAGCGUAGAAAUGAUCCCUUAAUAAAUUAAAAUGGACCCCUGCUUCUUAAACCUUGA